AUGCAUGCUUGUGAUCGACUGCACUUUCAGUUGCCAGCAGUACAUUUUCUCUGCCGGCAUAGUUAUCAUGUGCACUGCUUCGAGUCCUACAGCGAUAAACCUGACGUGUGUCCAGCAUGUGUGGGGCCGAUGUCCAGGGAGACCUCAAGAGAAGCUAUAAGCGACAGAGCUGCUUAUCAGAUGUUCCAUAAAGAACUAAACGGAGCGGUUAACGGAUUGGAUGUGAUAUCAAAAUAUAUUCGGAGUGGAGUGUUCGAUUCGUCGAAGAAGAAUUCCCAGAAAAAGGGAUCGACUGCUGUGUCACCGGCUGAUUCAAAACGAAGUGAUGGGAAUCCGUUUGAAGAUGAAGAUGAUUUGAAUCCAUUUGCUGAUCGUGGCACCCUGAGUAGCAAGUCAUCAGAUUCAGCCAUCAGGCGGCCACCAACGAUGAAGUCCUCGAACGCUAAUCGUCCGACUACCUAUGAUGACUCUAAGAAUCCGUUCAGAGUAGGCACGAAUCCGUUUGAAGACUAA